CUGAAAAAUAGAGCUUAAAAAGAGUGGGAUGUGAGAAGAGACUUAUCCUGCGGGGUCUGCAAAAUGUCUGGAAAACCAGUCUGUGUUGGUGAUUUUGAACAAUACGCCAAGAGAGUUCUUCCAAAAGCAGUGUACGACUAUUACCGAUCAGGAGCAGACAAUCAACAAACAUUAGCAGAUAAUGUAGCAGCAUUUUCAAGAUUGAGGCUGUACCCACGGAUGCUCAGGGAUGUGUCUGUUAUGGACCUGUCCACCUCUGUCUUCGGGCAGAAAAUCAGCAUGCCAAUAUGUGUCGGAGCAACUGCCAUGCAGCGCAUGGCUCACGUGGAUGGAGAAACAGCUACCACCAGAGCUUGCAGGUCGCUGGGGACAGGGAUGAUGCUCAGCUCCUGGGCCACCUCCACCAUCGAAGAAGUUGCCCAGGCGGCUCCUGAUGGCCUUCACUGGCUGCAGCUUUAUAUCUACAAGGACCGGGAGGUCACCAGGUCACUCGUGCAGCGUGCUGAGAGAGCAGGCUACAAGGGAAUCUUUGUGACGGUGGACACGCCACUCCUUGGCAAGCGCUUUGACGACGUACGCAACAAAUUCCAGCUCCCCCCGCACCUCAGAAUGAAAAAUUUCAACACCGACAAUUUGGCAUUUUCCUCUGAGAAAGGCUACGGUGAAAAUAGUGGACUGGCUGUUUAUGUAGCCCAAGCGAUUGAUCCGUCCAUCAAGUGGGAGGAUAUUAAAUGGCUCAGAGGACUAACAUCUCUGCCGAUCGUCGCGAAAGGAAUUCUCCGAGCUGAUGAUGCUAGAGAAGCUGUGAAGCACGGUGUGGAUGGGAUCCUGGUGUCAAACCAUGGUGCGCGCCAACUGGAUGGUGUGCCAGCAACUAUUGAUGUCUUGCCGGAAAUUGUUGAGGCUGUGGAAGGGAAGGUAGAGGUGUUCCUGGAUGGCGGAGUGAGAAAAGGCACGGAUGUUCUCAAGGCAUUAGCUCUUGGUGCCACAGCAGUGUUCAUUGGAAGACCUAUCAUCUGGGGGUUGGCUUAUCAGGGUGAAGAAGGGGCAAAAGAAGUUCUCCAGAUGCUGAAGGAAGAAUUCCAGCUAGCAAUGGCACUUUCUGGAUGCCGGAGCGUGAAAGGGAUUGACACGACAUUGGUACGAAGAACUUCCCCUGCUGCGUCCAAGAUUUAGCACAAAAAAGGUGUGGCUCUGGACAAAGCCACCCUAUUCACUGUGGCCAGCUUGUUCUGUUUGGGCCCCGUCAUGAAACCCUUUCUUAGGAGAGUAGCCCUAUUGGUUUAUAGGGGGCUACUUCUGAAAGAAAUACAUGGGCCAGGUUUUCCUCAGUGCUCAGCACCCCACACUAGCUCCUUAAAAGGAGCAGAGCACUUGUGAAAAUCUGGCCCCUGGUGCGAAUAAGGGUGGCAAGAGUGGGCCCUAAUUCUCUCCCGGUGCACACAAUUGUAGUUGUUGUCCAGCUAACCAGAAACUGCUGACUUUUCAAUAUGUGUCCAGAUGCGAAGAACUUUUCUCAGAUGUUAACAUGCAUGUCUGGAAGUAGCUUAGCUGUUAAAACGAAACUAUAAACAGAAAUGUUUUGAUAGCAAACAACUACCAAAAUAUCAAAGUUUAAAGGAUACCUCUUGUUCACUGUUUAUAGAAGCUACACUUCAGAUUGUCCAGAUUAAAUAUUCCUUUCGUAUCAACAUGGCAUCGUUUCCCCUAGCAACUACAUGACUGUGUAAACAGUGUAGGCUGGGAGCUGUGUAAGUAUCUUGGGGGCUUUUGAGAUGCAAGGGAUUGUACAGCCAAUCCGGAGUUUGGAGGUUCACAGUCUUAACUGACACAAAUCUCUUUGCACUUAAAUUAUAAUAACAUAUGAAUACCGACCAUAAGCCAGAUCCUCAGAUGGUAGAAUUCCAUGUAGUCCGAGUGACUUGAACACCAGCAGGAGUUCUGCUAUAUUUUUACUUUAAAAAAAUUAACAUUGGUUUAGAUGAUUUCUUGGACAAAUUUCACUUCCCUGAAGUAUAAAUACGAAAUAAUAGUAAUGAUGCAGUAAGUGCUGAGUAUGAUGUCAGCCACACAUCUUAAAGGUAUCUAUCCACACGAGGAGGGUAUCUAUCCAUUAUUCUACAGAUGGGGAAACUGACAUGCAGAAAGGUAAUAUGUAAACUGCUAAGAAAGUAAGUAAAAUUGAAUGUGUGUCUCUUAUUUCCAUUGAUGAUGUAUAAAGAAGGCCUGGACAUGCGUUUCUGGUUUUUUGACUUGAUAUUUAAUUUAGGAAUAUUAGCGCUGACAAGUAUUCAUUUUGCUGGAGGUCCUCAAGGUUGUGUACUGGGAAUUUUUACACCUCAGAGAAAGCAGGAGGAGAGUGCUUAGAUAAUAUGCCAGUGCUCCAGCCUAGUAGCCAUAAAUUGGCUGAUAUUUCAUAUAGGCAUAUAAAUGGUACUCUGCAACCGUUGGGACAAAUCACAUUCCAUUGACCCAAGUCCCAUUAAGCUCAAUGUGGCUCCUUGCGCGAGUAAGGAGAGCAGGAUUUGACUUAUCAAGGACUUUAUUGAAGUAAAUGAAAAUACUCCUGUUGACUUUAAUGGCCUUUGGAUUGGGUCCCCAAGAGGCUAAUACUUCCAACCCUUGCUUACAUAAGUAGUCCUUUUUCAAAUGACUAGUCCCAUUGUUCACGUGAGGGCCAUAGCUAUUUAUGGACAAGUGCAGAGUCCUAUACUUAGGACGGAAGAUUCCCAUGCACCGCCACAGACUAGGGACCAAGUGGGUAGGAAGCAGUUCUGCAGAAAAGGACCUAGGUGUUACAGUGGACGAGAAG